GGUAUGUGAUCAAAUCAAGUAUUUUACAGUUUGUAUGAGAAAAGUAACCAAGGAAUUUGGGUAAGCUGUAAUAAAAGUGUCAGUGAAAAUCAUGGCUAAAUAACAACAAAAUGUACAUAAGUUUUGAUCUUCCUUAAAAUCUAGAAAUAAUUAGAAGUUAUAUCCAAAACUAGAAAUCCAUCAUCACAGCUCCAAUCUAGAUAAUGUUCAUUGCUUGCAUUCACUGGAUUUGAAAUGGAGUUGUCAUCUUCCAAAAAUUCUGUUCUAAAAUCCAAUUGCCAUAUUCCCAAUAUUAAUCUAUUGCAUUCAAACCUAAUAUCUUCUUGGCUUUUGAGUCACAAAUUACAGGAAUGUUGAAUUUGUAUCUCAUUUGUGGGGGGGUAAUUUUAAAUUUAGCUCCUAGAUAGUUCUGUAGUCUGUGGGUUGUGUUAAGUAGUUAUAGAUGGGAUGUGAAAUUUUACUGUGAUGGUUUUUUUCCCACACUUUGCAUUUAGGGGUAGGUAAGUAUUUGUGCUCAGUGUUGGGUAGUUGCUAACCCAAGAAUCUAGGCCAUUUUCACUGACCUCUUAGUGUGAUAUGGGUAUAUUAGUAUGAGGUAAUUUUCAGAUACUUUUAAGAGGAAAAUACACCUUGUAAGCUGGUAAUUAUGGCACAUAUCCUUUGAUAAUACUCAUGCGGUGCCACACAAGUUCUUUUGAGUUUGGCAUGCCUGUGCUACUCUGCAGUUUUCUCAUUACUCUUCUCUAUGCAUUUGAAAUUAUCACUUCAAAAACAUUUAUUUUUUUAGCUUCACUUGGCUUACAGGGUUCUCUCAGCCUAAAACAAUGCAUUUCUCGGUAGCAGUUGGAUCUAAAUGACAAAAUACUCAAGUAUUAUUACACAGCAGUGCCUGCCUGUAACAGGGAUAAUUUCGAUGAGCCUGAAGCUGAGGAAAUCUUCCUGAGGCCGGAGACUCCCCUGACACUGGGGUGUAAAGGCUUUUCCUUUUCAAGGAAAGCGGAAGGGAGUAAUAUCCUGUGACUAUGGUAUAUUUUUUAGCAACACAUGCUCAAGUUUUGUGAGCCAUUUUCCAGAGAAUGGUUGCCUCUCUGCGUCAAGUAAGGAGAACAUGCAAUGUCUGCCUAUCUGCAUAGGCUGGGAAACAUGCUUGCUUGCUUUUUAUGAUUUUAUAACUGAAGAAGAGAAAUUUCUUCUACAAUGACCCAAAAGAGCGCCAGCAGCCCUGUGGCGGCGACGACGAUGGACCCGGAGCCAGCGACCCUUGCGGAAGGAGGAGAAGCAGUUGCAGCCUCGGGAGCUGCGGCCGCCGCGACGUUCAGGGAAUCGGCUCAGCAGAUGAAUAGUGAAAGAGGCUUUGAAAAUGUAGAACUGGGAGUUAUAGGAAAGAAGAAGAAAGUCCCGAGGAGAGUCAUCCACUUUGUUAGUGGUGAAACCAUGGAAGAAUACAGCACAGAUGAAGAUGAAGUCGAUGGCCUGGAGAAGAAAGAUGUUUUGCCUACUGUUGAUCCAACAAAACUCACCUGGGGCCCCUACUUAUGGUUUUACAUGCUCCGAGCCGCCACAUCAACCCUCUCAGUGUGUGACUUUCUUGGAGAGAAGAUUGCAUCUGUUUUGGGCAUCAGCACCCCAAAGUACCAAUAUGCCAUUGAUGAGUAUUACCGGAUGAAGAAGGAGGAAGAAGAAGAAGAAGAAGAAAACAGAAUGCCUGAAGAAGCAGAAAGACAGUACCAGCAGAAUAAACUGCAGGCUGAUUCCAUUGUCCAGAGGGAUCAACCAGAAACAGUGGCAUCCAGUUCAUUUGUCAAUCUCAAUUUUGAAAUGGAGGGAGACUGUGAAGUCAUUAUGGAAAGCAAACAAAAUCCAGUCUCUGUCCCACCAUAGAAUGACUAUCAGACUUCAAACUCUAGGGUUUUUAUAAUACCAGAACUUUCACAUUCUUUAUUCAGUGGGACUUAAUACAAUUAUUUAUAUUUUAAAUUAUUAUCUGGAAAGGGAAAAAUGUUUCUUCAUUCUUAGGCUCUAUCUAGCAAAAGCCAGAUCUGAAAUUUGAUCAUUUGUACUACGCUUUUUCUGUGUGUCACAUUAGGGCUUUGGCUUUAAAAUGUUCUUUAAAUAAAUUAAGGACAUUGUAGAGCCGUAAUUGCCAAUUAAGUGUUAAAUUAUCAAGCUUGUCUGUUAUUGGUGUUUGUAAGAAAAAAAUACUUAAAUUACUAACUGGAGCUGAUCUUUCUAGUCUCAGACUGAAAUAAGGAUUCCUGCCCCCCCCUAGAUUUUCUCAUGUUGUCUUACAUUUAUAAAUCUAACCAUUAAUUUCAUACUAAGGAUGGUUCACUGAGUGUGUAAUAAAAGGAGCAAGACAAAAGCACUUUGAUUUUUCUUUCCUUGAGAAUAUUUUAUGAAAAGGUGAGUGAGUUUGUAACACCAGUUCUAAGAUGGGUUUCCAUUUUUUAAUGCAGGUUACUUAAUCUUACAUUCUUUUUCAGCAGUUAUUCAAAUUAAAUAACUAGCUUUGAACAUUACGUUAAAAACACUAGUUACGGGAUGUAUUUAUUAAUGUAUUUGUAUUCAAGUGGUAACAUCCAGUGAUUAUCCACAUGGCAUCCUGGUUUUGUGACUCAGUGGACUCUGAGUGUUUCCUGUGGGCCAAGUAGUUGGAAGGAGGAUGGUACGGUGAGGGACAGAUGAAGACUUGACCCUUCAGGGGCUACUGUUAACAUUGUACCAAGUGCCACAGUAGCAUAGUGAAGUCACCAAUAUUCUCUUCUUUGAAGUUUACAACAAUAGACUGGAUAGUUUGCUUAACCCAGGUUUGGUCAGCUCUCUAGAGCCCACUGUGGUACUGGCAACACUUACUGAAGUAUAAUAUGAAACUAAUUUUGAAAAUAUUCCUAAAUAUCUGCUCAUAAUCUUAUGAGAGAUCUGUAUGAUUUUGAUUUAUAACUAAAUGUGGGUAAGGAAGAAUGUGUGGAGUAUUUCAGAAAUGCUGCUCUAAAAAGCCUAUUCACAGACUUAAGAUCUUUCAGAGAGUAAUGGUGGUUCUAAGCAGCAUUAAGCUGUCAGUCUUAACUAUUUUUAUAUAAAAUGUAGCUUCAGAGAAACUCCUCUAACAAAGGUACAGUGGACCUAUUACAGAAAUUUGUUAUCAGUGAACAUGAACAUAUGGCCGCUAAGUUCUUCAACUGAAAUCUGAAAGAUUUAGGAAAGAUAAUUUUUCACUUGGAAUUUUCAGUUAUAUGGAUCUGUGGUAUGGUAUUUCAUGCAUGGUAUGUGAUGGUAAUUUUUUUUGGUCAUGGCUGUAAACUCUAACUUAGUAAAGAAUUAAGCUUCAGAUCAUGUAAUUAAUGUCACCAUAAAUUAUAGUUUACCAUAAGCUCUAAAACAUGCUAACCUGACCUCUUCCCUCUAAUUUAUUUUUAACUUCGAGAUAGGACCUCCAACUCAAGUAUUUAUUGGGUUAUCCAGUGAAGGCAUUAAUAUCUAAUAAUGAUCUUUUCUCCCUAGAGGCACUAGAUCUGAAAGUUUACCUAGAAACCUUUCUGAUUGUAGAAGGAAGAUUAUGAAAGUUUUGUUUCUUAAAUUUCACUUUUCUCUUAAUUGUCCAACAGUGGCCAGUUUGUAAUGUUUAUAUAGUUAUUCACUGUGCCUUAUUAAAUCUUUAUACUUUAUGCAAACUAUAAAAUUUCCCAGAAAUCG